UGGCACCGAGGUCUGGAAGGGAGCAGCAAGUCUGUGUGGUUGUCUGGCAGCUGGGGCCUGGGUUCCUCUAGCUGCCACCUCCAGAGAUCGGAAGAAAACUGAAAUGGAGCCUGCGGACGUGUCCCUGCAUGUGGACGACUAGGGGCUUGCUUUCGCUGCAUAGAAAGCCGUGGGCUCCUUCUUGGUUGCCCCGGGGUGACUACCACAGCUGCGCUCCCGCAGGAAAGGCAGUGAGGCUGCCGUGCUACUGCAAGGUCAACUCCAGGGAGCGCGCGGCAUUGAGCUCUGCAAAUUCGCCUUGCCGUAAAACUCACACGCGUGGUGUUGGCCGCGCUUUCCCCUGGGGAGCGGUGGCAUGCAGUAGUUACCCCGAGGUGAAAAGACACAGCUCUUUAUGAAGCGAAGCAAGCCCGGAGGAAUUUUCCCCUUGUGGCCAGCUGUUGUCCUGGGCCUGGCUUGCGUCCUGCAGCACUUCCCACUCCGCGUUUCCUCGGGGAGGGGACCAGGGCCAGCCCACCCUCCGGACUCCCUUCGCCGGGUGAGUGGGUGCCACCUCGGGCUCGCUGGGGUAAGUGGCUGUGGUGGAGCCCAGCAGCAUCCUGUUGUCUCUGCAGGGAUCCUCUUGGGCAGCAGAGUUUUCCCCACCCCCAGCUCUGCCGCUGCCUCUUUGUUUUCUGGCAGAAGCCUCCGUGCCUUUUCAUUGCCGUUGAGGCGCUGAGCAGGAGCCUACAUGUGCCGUGUGUGUGUCUUGCUGGGAACGUGAUGCGGGCUGGCGAGCCUGCUGGGCUGCGCGUCUCCCUCGCGGGGCUGCGGAGGCCAGCUGGCACCUUUGGGGGCUCCUUUCCUUGGGCUGUUCCUCUGCUCGAGCAGGGCUCUGAGGCUGCUGCUUUCCUCUGGUAAACCCUCUUUUACACUGGCAGCAUUUCUGCACCUUGCCACAAGUGGAGUAAGUUGGAUGGGAAGGGGACAGUUCUCAGCUCGGCUCUGCUCGCGGCUUGGGCUCUCUGCUGCGGUCCUCUCGUGCCAUCACUCCUGCCGAGAAGAUACCUGAGAUUAGAGCAGUGCAAAGGAAUAUGGGGGGGUGGGGUGCUGCGGAUCUGGAUGCAGCAGUGGCUAAGGAUUGCUUGUGCUGUGCCUGCCUCUCUGUGUAUUUGAUCUCUCGACUUCCAGUGGGGACUGAAUUCCUGUGCUGGAUUCUGGGCUCGGCUCUUGUGAAAGGAUCCAAUUAUUUCAGAGCUUUGAGCAUCUCCAUUUGCUGCCCAUAUUUGCAGCGCCCGGGUCUGCGCUGGCUGGAAUUCCAAGUGAUUAACGUGACUGUGACAUCCCUCCUAGGGGUGUUAUCUUUGCUCGCUGUCCCCCACCGCCCCCCUCUUCCUCCUCCAGCAGCGAGCGAGCGAGACAGGCAGGCAGGCAGAGACAAAGGUCUGUCCUCAACCUGGGCUGUCCUCCCCAUGAGCGGCUGCUGCAUGGGAUUUCCCCGCUCUGCAUGCUGCAGGUUUCGUGGACUCCUGAUUAACGUUUGAGCCGGGAGGCUGCAGGCUGUAUCGCCGAGGCAUCAAAGGUACAGUGCUGGUGGAUUAUGACCACAGGGAAGCUGUGGCUGUGCCCAGGAAGCUGUGUUGCAUCUACAAAUCUCCUUCGUACAUCAAGGGCACCUUUGAGCAGAGCUGCUGUGGAGACUGAAGAGCUGGAGAGGACAGUGCAGAGGUUUGGAGGCACACCGUGAUGGUGGGAGCCAUUCCACGGCAGCCACGCCGCUUUUGGGGGGUGCCCGACUGGCAGGUGUCUUCAGCUAGUUGUGCCAACGACUGUCCACUGCAGGACGGGGAGCCUAAUCUGGAGUGGAGUGGGGUUCUGCUGCAGAGGGAUGCUGCGCUGCAGUGCACCCCAUAACAGAGGGCUCACCCGGACAUCCUGAACAAGGGGGGUCCAGCUCCCACCCGCUGCCCUCACACAGCGGCCCUGUGGCACUUUACUGUCCCUCCCCUGCUGCUGCAUGGGCUGUUUUGACUCCGGCUCCACUCGGGGUCCAGCCAAGUAAGGCUCCAUGCGGCACAUCCACGCAGAGGCAUCCCUGCCCCCAGAGCGCAGCACGGACUCUGGCCUGUCCCGGCCAGGUGGAGAGGCGGCCUUGGAGCCUUCCUCGCAAUGCUGCACUCACCGCAGCAUCCUCAUGGGCUACAACGAGACAGAGAUCAAGCGCCAGAAGGUUUACCAGGUCUCCAUCUUCUCCCAUCUCUCCAGCUCCUCCGAGAACACAGAGCAGCGGACAGGCAGCCGGCCAGCCAUUAAGAGAGGAUACCCUGAGCAGCGAACUCCGGAAGGGGCACGGGAUCCCAAACGAACUCACUGGGGUGGCGGGGGGGUGGAUGGCAAGUGGGAUGGGGGUCCUGGGCAGGGUUCCCUGGACGAUGACGAUGCCUUCGAGGAUGGUCUGCUGGUGGAGGAGCUAUCCCUGUGCGGCUCUGCUCAGCACUUCUCUCACAGUGGGCUGCGGGUGGUGGAGCACCGAUGCGAGGGCAGCCCGAGCCACAGUCCCAAGGCCAGCAGAGAGGAGAGGUCGCAGGAUGCCUCGUCCUCCUGGCCACAGCACAUUGCUUGCAGUACUUUGCACACAAGAGACAGUUGCCCUGCCCCGCCAGAGGAUCAGCCUGGAGACUACGGGGAGAACGGGGAGCGGGCAAGUGGCCACAACCUACUUGAACUUGAUUUGCACAAUAUUGCACAAACACCCCAGGCAGCCUCUGGUGGGAAGAGAGAGAAGCCGGAGAGCAGCCCUGCUCAUAGUAGCAGGACUGGCAGAGAAGGGAAAUGGCUAGUGAUGGCCAACGGGUGCAAGGAGCCCCCAGCUCCUCAGACGGCACUCAGCCCUGAGCCCAGCAGCCUGAGCUCCUCAGAGAAGACACCCUGCGGGAGCAGCCGGCUCAGCGGGCGCAGCUGCCCAGCCAAACGGAAGCUGCUGCCGGCCGGGGAGGUUGCAGCUGAUUCCUGCUCGGAGGACGAGAGCCUGUCCCCACCAGCGAGGAAGAAGAGGGCCCUGCCAUGCCAUCCAGUGCCCACGGCCUGCCGCAGCACCGAUGCCAAGGGGGCCCCUUUCUGGAAUCACCUGCUUCCAGCAGCCAAGAGCUCUGCAGAUUGCACUACAGUCGGGAGGAGGCUGAAGAGCGGGCUGCGCCUCAAAUCGCGACAUCUCCGGAGCAGCCUCCGGAGAGGGACCCGGCCCUCUGCAGCCCCCUGGACCACCACCACUGUCAGUCAUGCUCUGCUGGGCAACUUUGAGGAGUCCAUCCUGAAGGGCCGCUUUGCACCAUCAGGGAGGAUCGAGGGUUUCACGGCGGAGAUUGGAGCCAGCGGCUCCUACUGCCCACAGCAUGCCACCCUGCCUGUUGACGUCACCUACUUCGACAUCUCUGAACACAGCGCGCCCUCGCCUUUCCUGGGAGUGAUUGAUUUGGAGGCCUUGGGAAAGAAGGGUUACAGUGUCCCGAAAGCUGGAACCAUCCAAGUGACCUUAUUUAACCCCAACAAGACUGUGGUGAAGAUGUUCUUGGUCACAUACGACUUCCAGGACAUGCCGGCCAACCAUAUGACCUUCCUACGCCACCGCAUCUUCUUGGUGCCUGUGGGGGAGGAGGAGGGGGCUGCCGUGGCCUCCAGCAACCCACCAGGCACUGGCCCACCCCGCAGGGUCCUCUGCUACCUGAUGCACCUGAGGUUUCACAGCUCCAAGUCGGGGAAGAUCUACCUUCACAACGACAUCCGGCUGCUCUUCUCCCGCAAGUCAAUCGAGGUUGACUCGGGGAUUCCCUAUGAACUGAAAUCCUUUACAGAGAUGCCAAGGAACCCUUGCUACUCACCCUGGGCCUGAGCGCGGAGCCCCCUGACCUUCUCCGUCGCCCAGGGCCACUGGGGGAGCAUCCAGCCCAGCACUUCUGAGAGAGAUGAGUAAAGGGCCGGAGAGCAGGUGCCACCUUGAAGUAUCACCCUCCCCACAUGGCUGUGUCCUUCCCAGCACCAUGGACAUCAUGGCUGUGCCCUGUGGCAAGGCUGGGAUCACCAAGGGGGCUUGGGAAGGAGGGGCAGGGGCUGGUGAGCAGCCCCUGCACUCCAGAGACAUGCCCAGGUCUUUCGGCGGCGCUGCUCCAAGCUCAGAGAUGUGGCUGGGGUUGAGGGGGGAGCUCAGCCUGGAAGGGGGGCUUGGGGUGAGGCUGCCUGGGCCAGGCCCUGGGCUGGGAGCAGAAAGUGCAGAAGGGUUCAUAUUUAUUAGUAUUUAUUGUCACUGGGAGUGUGGAGGAGGCUUGUGCAGAGGAUUGAAGAUGCUGUUCUUCCCUCACAGCCCUCCUGGCCUCGCAGGCACUGGACAAGCCACCCAGGCAGUGGGCAGGCUGCGCCCAGCAGUGUGGGGCCGCCAGCAUUGUGGCGGGGCUGUGGGGACUGUGAGGGUCGCCAGCAGCAGGGGGGCAUCCCCAGCUGUGCAAGGAGAGGGCGACCGACCUGUCAGAGGGGAUAGGGCACAGCUCCCCUGCAGCAGGCUGAGACUUGCUGGGCCCCGUUCCUGCUGGGCCUGCUCCCCUUUGGGCAGCUUGGGGAGGCCUGUGCUUGCCCUGCAACUCCUUUAGGGCAAGGCAAGCCCCAGGAAGCCUGGAGCUGGCAGGGAAGCGGCUGUCACCGGAGAGGUGGCAGUGACAUGAAGGGACAGGGACCUGGGGGGUCUCUGGAAGAGCAGGGGCAGCCCUUCCAGCAAGGGCCUCUGGAGCCCAUGUGUGCCGCGGAUUUGAGAGAAGGUGGAGAUCACCAAAAGACCUUGGCCUUGUGCUGUCUGUGCGUGUGUGGGGUGAAUCCUCUUGCUUCUGCGGCCGCCGGGAACCUGCUUUGGGCAAGGGCCUGCCAACAGCAUGAUCAGCUGCUGGCAGAGGCGGAGGAGGCCUGGCUGGGUCCGGGGGUAGCAUGGGGAAGAGAGGAAGCAGCAGAGGGAAUCGAACCAUCAGCUUGGGGUGGGGAUUAUUCCCAGUGGUAUCUCUUCCUGCCCCUAAGCCUUGGGAAAUGUGUGUGAGAAGAACACGUUAAGCCCGGGGGAUGUCAGGGACAUGAGGGGCAGCCUGCAAGGGAAAAGCGGCCUCAGAGCUUGUCAAUACCUGAUCUGAGCCACCCCAGUGCUACGGCGUCGCUGCUAGGCUUUUCCUGGAAGAUCAGGCUGGGGGGAGCCCCAGCCAGGAUCCCCGAGAAGGGAGGAAGAAGGGGCCAGGUCGCAGCCCAGCGAACACCCCUCGUGUGCCCCUGAGGGCCAGCACAGCUGUGCCAGCAGGGCCGGCGCUGGGCCCCUUCCCCCAGCACCGGCAGGAGCGAGGACCACAGCGCUGCAGCCUCACCGGCGGUAGGCCCAGGCCCCUGCGGCUGCCUGGGCUCCGGGAGGGACAGGCCGGAGUCCUGCUCGCUGCCCGGGCAGGGGGGUGGCAGAAGAGGCCGGGGUCGCUGGCCCCAGCAGGGGGGAGGCCGGGGUCCUCAGCCUGCCCCUGGCCUGGGGGAACGCUGCUGCGGGAACGUGAGAGCUGUGGGAGCAGCUGUGCCCGGUACUUUUUGUGUUUGUUUUUAAUUUAAUAAACGCUGGCUUGGACACCGA